GGAGGGGGCGGGUCCCCCUCGGUGCCCGGCGGGCCGUGGCCAGGGAGCCCCACCCCUCCCCUGAACCCCCUCCCCCCAGCGCUCGGACCGGGUGCUUAGUCACCGUGAGGCUGCGCUUGCCCGGGGCGCGGCAACCCCCCUUACCCGGGACCGCCCGCGGGGCACCCCCGUCGUGCACUUCCGCGUGCAUGGCCCUGCUGCCCCGGUCCCUGAGCGCGAGCGCGGGGCCGAGCUGGCGGCGGGCGGCGCGCGCCUUCCUCCCCCGCUUUCCGCUGCCUCAGCCGCGGCCCGCACGCGCCCUCUCCCGCGCCAUGGCGUGCAGGCAGGAGCCGCAGCCGCAGCGCCCGCCGCCCGCCGCAGACGUCGUGGCCUCGUACGACUACCUGGUGAUCGGGGGCGGCUCGGGCGGGCUGGCCAGCGCGCGCAGGGCGGCCGAGCUGGGCGCCAGGGCCGCGGUGGUGGAGAGCCACAAGCUGGGCGGCACUUGCGUGAAUGUUGGAUGUGUACCCAAAAAGGUAAUGUGGAACACGGCUGUCCAUUCUGAAUUCAUGCACGAUCAUGUCGAUUAUGGCUUUCAAAGUUGUGAGAGUAAAUUCAAUUGGCGUGUUAUAAAGGAAAAGCGUGAUGCCUAUGUGAGCCGCCUGAAUACCAUCUAUCAAAAUAACCUAACCAAGUCCCAUAUAGAAAUCAUCCAUGGCCAUGCAGCAUUCACAAGUGAUCCCAAGCCCACAGUAGAAGUCAGUGGGAACAAAUACACUGCUCCUCACAUCCUGAUUGCCACUGGUGGCGUGCCCUCUCGUCCUCAGGAGAGCGAGAUCCCUGGUGCCAGCCUAGGAAUUACCAGUGAUGGAUUUUUCCAACUGGAAGAAUUGCCUGGUCGCAGUGUCAUUGUCGGUGCGGGUUACAUUGCUGUAGAGAUAGCUGGGAUUCUUUCUGCUCUGGGUUCAAAGACAUCGCUGAUGAUACGCCAUGAUAAGGUACUUAGAAAUUUUGAUUCAAUUAUCAGUUCAAACUGCACUGAAGAGCUGGAGAAUUCUGGCAUAGAGGUCCUGAAGUACUCACAGGUCAAGGAAGUUAAAAAGACUUCCUCAGGCUUGGAACUCUGCAUGGUUACUUCAAUUCCUGGUAGGAAUCCCACCUUGACCACGAUUCCAGAUGUUGACUGCCUGCUUUGGGCCAUUGGGCGGGACCCAAAUUCCAGUGGCCUGAAUUUGAACAAAGUGGGGAUUCAAACUGAUGAUAAAGGUCACAUCAUAGUAGAUGAAUUCCAGAAUACCAGCGUAAAAGGUGUCUAUGCAGUUGGAGAUGUGUGUGGAAAAGCUCUUCUCACUCCAGUUGCCAUAGCUGCUGGCCGAAAACUUGCCCAUAGACUUUUUGAAUGCAAAAAAGAUUCCAAACUAGACUAUGACAACAUCCCCACCGUUGUCUUCAGCCACCCCCCUAUUGGAACAGUGGGACUCACGGAAGAUGAGGCCAUUCAUAAAUACGGAAAAGAAAAUGUGAAGACCUAUUCAACCACCUUUACCCCAAUGUAUCAUGCAGUUACCAAAAGGAAAACAAAAUGUGUGAUGAAAAUGGUUUGUGCCACCAAAGAGGAGAAGGUGGUUGGGAUCCAUAUGCAAGGAAUCGGGUGUGAUGAAAUGCUGCAGGGUUUUGCUGUUGCAGUGAAAAUGGGAGCAACAAAAGCUGACUUUGACAACACGGUUGCCAUUCACCCUACCUCGUCAGAAGAACUGGUGACACUUCGUUGAGAACCCAGGGACUCCAAUGGCUGGCAGCUGGACCAGCAGACCUUCUGAAAUGAACCAAAUAAUCAUGUUUACUCACUGUUCCCCUUUUAUGUGUUUCUUUAUUGUUAUCAGAAUAUUCCAAUAGUGGAAAUUUUCAGUGAAUAGUAAGAACUUAUUUAUGUAAUUAGAAAUUUGUUUUGUUAUCCUGGCUUUCCAUUUGAUUUGCAUCUCACAAUAAUCAAUUAUUUUAAAGUUUUUUGUUUUUUUUUUUUUUUUUUAACAGCUCUGUGCUAGCUGGGUUUUUUGUUUUGUUUUGUUUUUGUCUCAGCCUCAUCCCAGGUAUAAAAUUAUAUGAAGUACAGUUAAUUAAGGUACUUGAAUGAACAUAGCCUGCUAAUUUUUAUAAAUGAAGCUGACAGCAGCUCUUCACAUUUAGAUAAUGCAAGUGCACAGGUCAUUUUAACUUCUUUUUUUUUGUAAGUAGGCUUCACGCCCAGCAUGGAGCCCAAAGUGGGGCUUGAACUCAUGACCCUGAGAUCAAGAUCUGAGCUGAGCUGAGCUGAGAUCAGCGGACCCUUAACUGACUGAAGCAGCCAGGCGCCCCUUGAACUUUUUUUUUUUUUUGAAGCCAGUACUGUGCUCUGCAUAUCGCAAAGCUGCUUCAAAAUUGUGACCUUUCUGUCAAAGCAUGUAACACGAGAGACCUGCCUCCAAUGUUUUGUUUCUUUUGUUUUAAAAGAUUAAAAAUUGUGUUCCUUUUAUGAGGUGAAGUACAUCAAACUUGGGAAAGAUUUAUAUAAGGGACGGACAUUUUAGAAGUAAUUUCUUCUUUCAGAAGGAGAGGAAUUCAGAUACUUCAGAGUCCCUUCUUCUGCUAAGAGUUCAUAGUUAAUGAAUGACUUCAAGUUUUUUAUGUGUCCUUGUAAUUUGUUUUCUGAAAACCAUUUCCAAAAAUCUGAAAAUAAAACCACAGCCUUUUCUUCUUAUGAAA